GAGCUUUCCUAUAUUCUUUUGUCCAUUCUAUCGCGACAAGGCGGUCCCUUGUACCAGUAUUCUUCCUCAGCCUAUAGCAUCCAAAGUUUCCCUCGGUUGAUUGAUACCCCGACGACACAUCAUGCAGCAGCCACAACAGACGCCGCAAACCCCGCGAGUUGCGUAUCGCUACGCCAACUUUUACAAUGAAUGCGCGGACUACCCGGAGUUGCCUAAAUUCCGUCGCUUGGGAGCACAAUGGGCAAAAAAGCUCUACGAUGAUGUGGAGGAGUUGUUGAAGGAACAAGAAGAGCUUAACGAUGCUCUAGCGACGUUCCGGAGAGCCGAAGGCCGUGACGUCUUAACGCUUCUGGAGUGCCCUAGAAUCUGUGAGUGACUCGUGCUGUGCCCACUGCUUUCCAUACCUAAUUUCGACCAGCCCAAGACUUGUGCCAGAAUCUCGCAGCCCG